AUGAUCCUUUUCUUGUUUUUUUAUAUAGAAACCUUACGUUCCACUUACUGCGAUUGGGACAAAGAUGGCGUUAUUUAUAACAGAGACACCAAUCAGACUUGUGUUUGGAGCGCUGGUCUUAUGGUAGAAUCGGACACACUCUUAAUUGAAAAAGGAUGUCCACACUCUUUAACGUUAGUCAACGUCAUGAUGACCACAUACAUUGGCAAAGAAAGCCUUCCCGAUUUAGUCAAAUUAAAAGUUGUGAAAGACAAGCCAUGGAAGAAUCAAUUUUUUUAUUACUUUUACAAAACGAAGCCAGACCUUGAUGUUGUUUUAUUUGGUGUAGGGUUUGGGCCCACAAACACGCAGUCUCUCCGUAUAAUUAUCGAGAUGGGGACGGCGUCUUUUACGCUAUCAAAUAUGGAGGAUGAUGUCAAACACAUUCAAUAUGGUGUAUAUUACCCAUCAUUAUACACCACAGAACCACCUUCCAUAACAUUCAAAGGAAAAAUAAACAUCCUACAUACAAGUCCACAUUACGAAACAAAUGGGUGCAAAUAUAUAUUCACCACUUUUGAUAAUUUACAAGAGUAUCAAAGCGAAAAUGUAUACAUUUCAGACUGUGGAUUUAUUAAAAAGGUGUAUGUUUGUACUGGUGUUGCAAAUGUUGAAUUACCAUGUGUGUGCAACAUCAAAGAAAGCGAUCAAUUCAACGUCAAACAAUGUUCAACGUCGCUGAAUUAUGAAAUAAUGAAUGAUAGUUAUGCUACAGUGGAGGUGUUUCUAAAUUUAGGGACGACUUACAUUAAAGCAGUACACAGAGAUUGGACUUCCUUUUCCGUUUUUUCGUCGCCAGUACACAUCCUCCGCAUCGAAAAAGUGUUUUCAAAAGUUUUUACUUUCCACUCCACUGUGACACACUUCGGUUUAAAAGAAACGCUUUCAUUCUCAUCAAAGGGGUGUGCAAAUGAUUCACUUUUGAUAACAGAGCAAAGCAGUAUCAACGGGUAUAUAGUCAAUGUGCAAAGCACUUUCGCAACAACUGACAUGUUCAUCAACAAUUUAAAAACAGCUUUUAUACUUAUUCCAGGCUCUCAUUUGUUUUAUUUUUCUUCUUCUGAGAAGCGCGUUAUCUCUGCUACUCCAUUUGGGAACUGUUCUUGUUUGUGCAAUGGUUACUCCAUCAAAUUACUCCUGUUUGAUCUCAAGACAACGAAGUCAAGACAUUAA